CUCUAGAGGACGGGAUGAAACCAUGCACGUAGAGCUAGGUGCAUUGUCAGAACUUCAUCUCGAGGUCUCUCGGGGCGACCUGGUCCACGAGCUGUCGCCCGCCGACGUCCACAACGCCUCUGGUUUGGCGCGGUACGGCUACCAGCAACUUCGGCCGAUCUUGGAGCCGGGAAGGACCCUUUUCGAUAUCACUCUGCCCUUCGACGAACAUAGAGGGAAGGCGGUGAUUCAGGUCUUGACCGCGGUCCAUCAAGAAUCAGGACACUCGAAGAGCGAUGUCGUUGGCGCCUAUCGGCUUUGUUGUGACCGAGUCCUCGACGAGAGGAUCAGGUCAGAUAUCGCGUUAGUGUACAAUUGUUAUAUUCGAGCCAACCGACAGACAUUUAACGAUGCUUGCCUCGAGAAAUUUCCCCCGAGAACCAAUUCUCUAUCUUGCAGGGGAUCGUGCCUCUCGCCGAGUAAGCUACUCAGUUGCCACCAGUCUCCUAGCCCCGGGAAGCCCGCAUCACCACAGACGCUGGGCAUUCCUCGGAGGGACGAGAUAGAUUAUGACGAUGACAACGAUGACAACGAUAACAACGAUGACGACCGAGAAUCCACUUCGAUCGAGAACUCCAAUGUCACCGACCUUUCUCCCCAGAAGGAAACCGAAAAGGAAGGCGAGGAAACCAGCAAAAAGAAUGACGAGAUUGUCAAGCUGUUGGUUCGCCAGGUUAAAGUCGGAAUGAAGAAGAUGACGAAGAGGAAGGAAGCGUUUGACCCUUGGACCAUUGAUGCGUCAUACUUUCUAGGACAGUCAGAGGAGAUUCGUGCGCUGUUUGAUAGUAUUUUCGCGAAAAUCAAGCAAAUCCAAGCUCAAAAUUUACAACGUGAGCGCGGGGCGACUGAAGAUGUGUGCGGUCUCGCCAAGCUCUUCGAGAAUGGGGAAGACCGAGGCAAAACCAACGAACGAAAGGCACAUGUGUGGAAGAUGUGGCGGUGGUGGUUUUGGUAUUUCCACUCGUGCUUACGCAUAAUUCAUUUCAAUUGGCGACGGAUAGAGAGAGAUCGCAAGGCCAAUGGAGCAUACGUGAUGCAUUUGAUCGUGAAUGAUCUUCUGGCGACGGAAGGAAUCAGCGCACUGGCCGUGAUCGCGGCCCUGGCAGAACAAUCCCAUUACCUAUACCAAGCUACUCAUCUAUCGUCCAAGAGGCAGUUGGAGAUUAGCAUGGCGGUAGCGAAAAGUCUUCGGGGCAAGCUGACUCCUCCACCACAAGACUACCUCAUACCCAUGGUAGUAGGUUGGGUCAGCGCGGUCACCAAACUGAGCCAUAGGGCGGUGUAUCACGACCUCGGUUGCCCCAAUCUCGCCCUGUUGCAGUUGGACAUGGUUGGGAGACCCGAAGACGGUCUCAAGUUUUCUCGGGAGUAUUCCUUCCUGUCCGACAAAUUGAAGCCCUUUGCGUCGAUGCAAGAACAGUUGAGCCGGACAAUUCAAAUGCGCCAUCCGGAUAUGUGGGUGUCUGCAUCGGAGAUACAGAGAUUCUCGAUGGUGGUCGAGGAGUGGUGGAAUCAGCCACCACUUUCACAUCACAGUCAGCCACGGUCACUGAACGAUCCAGAGGCACACUUCUUCAUACGCUCCCCAUCCGAGUCAUCUGAGCGAACCAGAAAUGGCUCAGAAGAAUCCGAGAACGAAGAAAUUUCCCCUCCGCUCGCUCCCUCAUCCAAUUCCGCCGAAGCCAGGGUGGAUGUCAAUGGGAUCAUGCAAGGUGCGACGAUGACUGGCGACCUUCGCAUGGGAAGAGCAGACGAGACAGACGAGAUAGACGAGAUACUGGCUGCAGCUACUUUACACAGGAUGCAGCAUCCGAAGACCAUUCCGGAUGCCUCGCAGAACAGCUUCGCGAGACCUUCUACAGAGAGUGCUGGCCGAGGGCCCGUUCUGGGAAAUGUUUCGCAAAGGAAUCAGAUCACUCUUGGGUCUGAAGAGAUCUCUGGCCUAUCUCACGUAAUGGGGUUGACCAGCACCUUCGGCUCCACAUGGAUCCCCAGCCCCUGGGAUCAGGCCCAACUUCAAUCCGAAAACAAUCUACGGCGCCGGUAUGUACCAGAUGCUAGUUCGGAAGGCAUGGAGCCGCCGCACAAGCAUUCUCGCUUGGAUCAGCAAAUCAAUACAGACGCUGCCGUGCCGAUGCAGAACUACGGGGACCAGACAGCCAUAACGACAAGUCUCCCAACGACCAUGAUAUCUUUGCAGCAGAAUGAGGCCUUAGGAGCAGAGACGACACAAGAGGUCGAUCCCUGGGAUUCUCUAAGGGAUCCUGACAUUUGGAUCGAUUGGGACGCACUGGCCAUUACUUCUGCCGGCCACACCGACCUUUGGGUUACAGGUUUACCCCAACCCGUCAACAACGAUCCAGCUUCAUUUUCGAUAUCUUGAUCCUCUCCAAGGAUAUCAUAUCCAAUUAUACGAAAUCCACAUCGCCCCAGCAGGACCAGCCUUCGGGUGGAGGUACUCCGACGUAUCAAGCUCAAGGAUGUCACCUUCUUCCCAUUCUACAGGCUCGUCACCCCGAUCCAUCAACGUCGAGACCGCGAUCUCUGCUUCUCCCCUUAGCUUCUCGACGAAAGCCUGCCACUGUGGCGAUAAUUCUGCUGGUGCCUCGGUGGUUGCGGCAGCGGUAGCAUCGGUGGUUCUGUUAACCUUCUUCUGUUCCACGUUUGUGGCGGCAGGUUCCGUGUCAUUGUCUUGACCAGUCUUUUGAUGAGGCUUCAGAACAUUUUCAUGAGAAGAUGAAUUCUCGGACCGCCUCGGCAACGUCCCUAGUUCAGUCCUGAUUUCAUCUCCCUCAUGACGUCUCUUGAGCGUUGGAGAGGUCAUGUCUUGUUGUAUGGAGGGUUUUUCGAGCGCUAUCGCUACAACAAAUUGGUUCUCUCGCACAGGUGGGGUAUCUUUCAAAAAGUAUACAAUAUCCGGACCAUGACGGCGAGUGAUGCGCUUGGCUGGUUGGUCUACACGUCGGCGUUGAAUGAUUCCGUUAAGCUGAUGUAGUUAAUAA